AUGCAUCUGGUUGUAGGGUCCACUAAGGAGGCUGUGAUGAAGAUGCUACCCUAUUUUGUGCAGAAUGCUGUGUUGACCCAGAACGAGAUAUGCCGCAUCCUGAGUGAGAGCUUCUUCAUGGUGAAGGGUGCUGCUCUCUUCCUGCAGCAGGGCAGCAGUCCCCAAGGCCAGAAAGUACAUCCGCACCACAAACAUGCAGGCGACUUACCUCAGCACCUGCAGGUGAUGAUAAACAUUCUUCGUUCUGAGGACAGAAUCAAACUGGCGGUGCGUUUGGAAAGCGCAUGGUCGGACCGUGUGCGCUACAUGGUGGUAGUGUACACCAGCGGACGACAGGACACUGAAGAGAACAUCUUGCUCGGGAUGGAUUUCACCAACAAGGACAGUAAAAACUGUUCAAUCGGACUGGUGCUGCCUCUUUGGAGUGACACCAAGAUCCAUCUGGAUGGAGACGGGGGUUUUACUGUGAAUACAGCAGGUCGCACUCAUGUCUUCAAACCCGUGUCUGUACAGGCUAUGUGGUCCGCUUUGCAGGUCCUGCACAAAGUCUGCGAGAUAUCCCGCAGAUACAACUACUUCCCCGGGGGGAUAGCCCUCACAUGGAUGGGCUAUUAUGAGAGCUGCAUUGCCUCAGAGCAGAGUUGCAUUAAUGAGUGGAAUGCCAUGAAAGACCUGGAGACCACGCGUCCUGACUCACCCACCAUGUUUGUUGACAAGCCCUCAGAGAGGGAGAGGACAGAGUGCCUUAUCAAAGCCAAACUCAGAAGCAUCAUGAUGUGCCAGGAUUUGGAGAAUGUGACUUCCAAACAGAUUCGUACGGAACUGGAGCAGCACAUGAGCUGCAACCUGAAAGAGUACAAAGAGUUCAUCGACAACGAGAUUCUACUGAUCCUAGGUCAGAUGGACAAGGCCACGCUAAUCUUUGACCACCUCUACUUGGGAUCAGAGUGGAACGCUUCUAAUUUGGAGGAGCUGCAAGAGACGGGGGUUGGCUUUAUCCUCAAUGUCACACGGGAGAUAGACAAUUUCUUUCCUGGCACAUUCAGCUACCACAACAUUCGUGUCUACGAUGAAGAAGCCACUGACCUGCUGGCACAUUGGAAUGACACAUACAACUUCAUUGUUAAAGCAAAGAAGAACCACUCCAAGUGUCUGGUCCACUGCAAGAUGGGUGUUAGUCGGUCUGCCUCCACAGUUAUUGCCUAUGCCAUGAAAGAGUAUGGCUGGUCAUUAGAGAAGGCCUACAAUUUUGUCAAGCAGAAGAGAAGCAUCACAAGACCCAAUACAGGUUUCAUGAGACAGCUGGCAGAGUACGAGGGCAUCUUGGAUGCCAGCAAACAGCGUCACAACAAGCUGUGGCGCCCAGACCCAGACUGUGAGAUGGCAGAGGGGCAGCAGGGGAUGGCUCAAUGUUGCGGAGGGGAUGAGGCAGGCCACCUGACCCCAGAACCAGGGAUGUCCCCCUGCUGCGAGGAGGCACUGUCCGAUAAGGGGGCCGCAUGCCCUUCUCCGUGCAGGACCGUCUCACUGGAAGUAGACCCUGCUUACAACAACUAUUACUUCCGCCGGCUCUCUGACUCGGCCCUUGACAGUGAGCCUUCCACACCCGUGCGUGGCCCUCCACUCCUUAAUAUGGACAAGGUCUUCAUAGAAAUUGAGGAUGUAGAGAGGGAUGCUCUGCUGGAUGACGAGGCCUUUGAGGGACGCGAAGGUCCCCCACUACCCCAUUUUGGCCCCACUGGGGAGGGCACAGCUGCUCAGACUUGCUGCCGUGGUCCUGAGCCCCUUGAGGAACUGCGGCUAAGGCUGGAGUUUAGCACCGUGGAGGAGGAGGAUGAGGAGGAGGUGAAGAAGGAGGAAGCGGAGAUGGAGGUACUUAUGCAACCCGAUGCUGGAGGAGGAGGAGGGGGAGAUGAUGCAGAGGAUGUGCAAGAUGUGGAGGUAGAGGGGGAUGCAGAGGGUAACGGGAUGGACCUGGCAACCCUGAAUGACAAUUCAAACAACAACAACCACAUGAGCAGCCAGCACAACCUCAAUGAAACUGCUUCUUCAAAUGCUCAUCCACUGAAUCCCUCUCUCCUGCCUUGGUGGGAUUGUCAGUCUAGAGAGAAAGAAGAGUCUUCGGUUCUGGUCGAUAAGCUUUGCAUGAAUCCCAAUCUUCCUGCUGCCGAAGUCCCUGGUGCUUCAUUCCCAUCAUCCUCCACCUCUUCUCAUGGCCUCCAUUCCUCCGUAGGAUUGCUGCACCCCUGCAGCCCUCUGUGUAACUGUGCCAAGUGUACUGGCUCACCCUCUACAGCCCUACCUGACACUGACAGACAGGGGAAGUUGGGAGACACAACACAAUUAGUGAGGCCUGAGAAGAGGGCUAAUGUGCUGGAAUUAAAGACUGAGACUGAAGAACAGCAGUCUGCAGGGACCCCAGAGGCUCUCCCUGACUUGAUGAGCAUGGAUUUGGAGGAUGAGAAGCAUGCAACAGCCUGCUAUCUUGGUCAGCAGCAGGAGACACUUGUGAAGCUGCAGAGAUCUGGGCUGGUCCGCCGUCAGGCAGAGAGACUUGAGAGGUUAUCAGGUUUAUCCCAGGAGAGCCUCCAUUCUCUGCAGCCUUUGCAUUCUUGUCAAGGACCCAAGAAAAGCUCUAUCCACACAGUGGAAGAAGAGGAGCUCUGUGGCUUUCCAGGUGACUUUCCUAAAUCUUCAACCCCGUGCCAGGUACGCCUAGAGCCACUGGUGAUGCCACUGACCAAUGAGGCCUUGCUGGGUGUGGUGGGGCCCGGGGUUCUCACCCCCACCUCCUCGCCUCAUGGCUCCACCCUGACACGCAGCUCCAGCAGUGACAGUCUGCGUAGUGUGAGGGGGAAACCCGGCCUUGUUCGUCAGCGGGCACAGGAGAUUGAGGCACGCAUGCGUUUGGCAGGCCUCACUGUGCCCUCCAGGCUCAAACGCUCUAACUCGCUAGCUAAGCUGGGCAGCCUCAAUUUGUCCUCUGAUGACCUGUGUUCAGUCUGCUCCUCUGAUGCGGGCACCCUCCUGCUCCUCUCCCUGUCUCCAGAGCCGGACCCUGGCCUGGAGUGGGACUGUCCUGCUGUCUCAGCCCAGCCCCAGCCCUGCAAGGACUUGCAAACUCCCGAGAGAGCACUGUCAGGGGAGCCCACAAGCUGACAUGAAGAAUUGAGGUCCACUCCUCCAUCCAUCCCUCCAUCCCUCACUCUGGGGGGGGGGAGAGGGGGGAGAGUUAAAAACCUGUGUGCCAAUAUGACAGGCAUGUCAACUAGUGGAACCCACAAAAAAAGAAUGCCAAUCUUUGAUGUGGAGCUGUCAAGUGCAGUGCCCAUCUUCACUCUCCUUUGCCACUUAGUUUCUGAUAUUCCCAGUACAGAGUCAUUAUUGCUGUAUCUAUCAAGUGUGUAAGCCAUCAGAUCACCUCUACCUUGUUUCGAUUUGUGGACACAAAAGUGCCUUACCAGUGAGACCAGAGGCACAGAGCUGUGUGUAAGGUUGUGUGAGUGUGAGACUGUGAGGGACAUAAUUCAACCCCUCACUUGACAGUGUGUUUUAAACUGUUAGUACCUGCCAUUUACCAUAUUAUGGUAUGGUAUCCAUUGGUAUGUGCAUUAUUUUUACCUGUCUGGUACAAAGUGGUACACUGAUGAACGUGAGUCACUCAAUGAAAGCAAAGUUUAAAGUUCUUGUAAAACUUGUUUACCACAUUACUUCUGAUGAGAUGCUUGAGGAUUGUAAAACAAAGGGUUACCUCAUGGUACAUUCAUGUCGCAGAGUUCCUUCUCUGAACACUGGGGUAGAAUUUUAAUUCAGUUCUUUUCGUGUUGUCGAUGGGUCGUGUGUGUGUGUGUGUGUGUGGCGGGGGGUAACACAUUUUGAACCCCUUUUAAUCUAGAGGUGUUUUGUUUUUCUUUUGUUUGCACUGCUUUUAAGGAGUGGAUACUAGUACACAAAAAGCUAUCUUCCAAAAUAACAUUAGGAAUAAUGUUAUUGACCUCAUCAUUCCCUAUAUUAUUGGGAAUGCAGAGUGAGUAGUCACACUGCAUGGCUUCAGAUCAUCUUUAAAUACAAGCACCCAUGGUCAAAUCAUAUAAUGUGAGACAGUUUAUAUUUCCCUGCAAAAAUAGCCUUCUGAACAAUUUUGGUAUGAACAAAAUAAACAUAACUCAGUAGUCACACCGAUACUUCUGAGUCUUCAAUCCCUUAUCGCAUUUAUCAGCGUGGAUUGCCAAGGUUUCAAACUCAAUUACUUAAUGUUCUUUGAAAUGUGGAAGACCAAAGUUCUUUGGCUGUCUCGUCAAAUUAAGAACACCGUUAAAGCUGUACAAAAUAUGUGAAUCAUAAUGUCGGCCGUAUGUGUAUUUAAAUGCUGUUACAUCUUUUUGCACCUUUGGGAGAAACAAAAGAAAGAGAGACUCGGUGGAGUCAUCGUGCUCAUAGCUGUUAAGCUGUUUUGUUCAUAUUGUCAAUGACUUUUAAUGCUUUUGUCACACUGAUGUGACAAGGAUCACAAUAGGUUACUUCCCCGUUUUUGUAACCAUUUUCUUUUUAUAUUUAAUUAUGAAGUAACUUUUGUACUGUACAUUUGCUGUAGUUCAAAUGCAUA